AUGACUCGAAAUGACAUUGAUGAGAGGAAGGAGAGUGCCUCAAGGAAGCGUCUUGCGAGUGCUAUUGUAUCUCCAAUUGGCACCUCUCAUGUGCAUGAGGGGAACAUCACCAUUCGAGCUAAAGGAGCCUUGAAUGAUAUGGAAAACGUGGAGCAGUCUGAAGGUGGGAUGCUGGAGUGCGAUGGUCAAGAAUUUGAUUUAUUGGGGGAAGAACUCAAGGAAAUGGUGGAGACUCACGUCCGACCACCACGAGCUAUCUCCGACAAACCCAUCUCAACCCAUCUCCAAAGUCUCUCUCGCUGUGAGGUAACUGUUUCUUUGACGUUUACUUCAAUGGAUUGGUCUUGUAUGCUUCAAGUGAUGAAGGUCAACAGGUCUCAGGCUCUCUCAUAUGAGACUCUCUCAAAGCUUAGACCCUCUCAAAGCUCAGGUCUCAGGUCUCAGGCUCUCUCAUAUGAUACUCUCUCAAAGCUUAGACCCUCUCAAAUCUCAGGUGGUUCGGAAGGUGUAUUUGCGGAAAAGACUCUAGAGAUCGCAGAUGAUAUACUCCAGACUUACAAAAACCAAGGUGGGUAUGAUUUGCUGCGAAAAACCAAGGAUAAGAUCAGAACCACUGAGCAGGUUAAUGCUGCACUCAAAGCUUGCACUGAUUUGAAGCUAGAUGGCCUUGUUAUCAUUGGAGGUGUGACAUCAAACACCGAUGCUGCUCACCAUGCUGGUUUUUUCGCUGAAGCAAAGUGCUCAACAAAGAUCUUCGAGACAAACACUUCUUCAGUGACCACCCUGUUCCUAUACCUAUUACCAAUGGCUCAGGACGGCAAAUCAGUAAUAUUUGCCAUGCUCCAGCAGCCAAGCAAACUUGGGUUGAGAAUCGAUCGAGGUAGUUAA